AUGGCUGAAACCCUAGGGUUAAAAUCAAAAGGCUGUCAAGGCUUCUACAAGAAGCAUACCAAAACCAUCAUUGAACUGGUCCCAACUCUUGCAAAAUUUGCUCUUCUAAAUAUCAAGUGGAUAUGCCCAACUGCUCCUACUUGCCCAGUGGCUAUACUUGGUGGAUUCCCUCGCACUGCAUGGUUUGACGUUAGAGAACUUUCAGAAGAUAGUCCUGAUGAUUUCGAAGGUUUAGACGCUUCGGUAGCGCAUAUUGCAAACUUGUUGUCAACAGAGCCUGCUGAUAUUAAACUUGGUAUCGGGGAUUUUAGUAUGGGUGUUGCAACUGCCCUCUACUCUGCAACUUGUUUUGCCCAGGGAAAAUAUGGAAAUGAGAUCGAUUACCCUGUUAACUUGAGGGCUAUUGUUGGUCUAAGUGGUUGGCUUCCUGGUUCAAGGUAUGAAUACAAUAUCUUCCUUCUCAUUUCCUCUUUGUUCCUCUGUUAUAUGUACUGUUUUCCCAUGUUGAAAAUAACCAAUUUACCAAAUAAAAUAAGAUUCGUAUGAGAUGAUUCUGAGAUAUCUCAUUUGAUAGCUCCCUCUGGCCAUAUUUGGAAUUGUCUUCAAACUAAUAUUAUAUUGAGUUCCAAGGUGACCAAAAUAGCUAAUAAGUUUUGUACAGUGUCAUCUCAAGUAGGACUCACUCAUUGUUGAUUCAUAAAUCUUUUCGCAAGUAAAGAUGUAAUGUGUGCACCUUAUAGUGCUCUUCAAAAUAUUACCAUGCUUAUUAGUUAACAGCAAGUUUAUGCAAGACAUUGAGGAACAAGAUAGAAGUAUCACAGGAGGCUGCAAGGCGUGUUGCAUCUUUGCCCAUUUUGCUUUGUCACGGAAUCUAUAUGUACAUUGCAUUUUGGACUCCCUUUUUUUUUAAAAAAAAAAAGUUUUCUUGGGAAUGAUAAAGUUCUUUUCUCACAUGUUGUUCGACUUCAUGCAUAUAGCUUCAAACUAGUGCGAACUAGCAAACUGUUGCUCUUAAAAUUUGAGUCUUCAAUUUGCUAUUUUUUUGGUAUUUGGGACAUCUACUGUAAUUACCAGCUUGUUGUUCCUAUUCACUGAUAAUUCAUAGUUGGUAGAAUUAUAUACAUGAAAAUUUUAUUUCCGAGGAUCCUUCUCAACCUCUCAUUGGAAACCUACAUAAGCAUUAAAAUUCCUUUAAAAACGCUCCGGUUGAUUUAGUUUUGGAAUUAUGAUUCAAGUGUAAAGUUACAAUUUAACUGUGAAAUUGUGAGUUGAGUUUUUAAAAGAGAAUAUUUGUUUUGUUAUGAGUUUUGAAAACUCAUAACCAAACACAUAACUCGAAACUCCAUACUAUUUUUAAAACUCCACACUCAAAUUGUAA